AGAAGGUUACAUUUUAUAUAAGUCAUGGAAUGGAAUGGAACACACAACUCCAAAGCCUUUCAGUAUUCAGAUGGCCCAAACAGGUGUGCAUUUAGCCUCGGUGGUUCAGGAUAAAGUGUUAAGCCACCACCAGCCACAGCCGCAGCAGCAGUCGCAGGCGAUCAAUAACAAUUCAGUUGCUUCGCAAGCUAAAACAGGUCGAUUAAAACCGAAUCUACCUCGCCUAUAUCUAUUUCGUGAAGGAUCUAGAGAAAAUUACCUCAAAAAUGGUGUCCCUCUUUAUGAAGCAUCAAUAAGAUGUGAUUGGGUAGCCGCUAAAGCCAUUCUUGACAAGAAACCAGAUUUGGUAAGGUAUAGUAUCACUGAAAAUGGGGAAACAGCGCUUCACGUAGCAGCAUCAGCAAAAGGUGAUCCUAAAGAUGUGGAAGAGUUUGUGAAAAAUUUGGUGAGGAAAAUGAAAGAGGAAGACUUGGCACUUGAAAACGAAAAUUUCAACACUGCCCUCUAUUUAGCAGCUGCAGCUGGAAACGUUAAAGCAGUUAAGAUUAUGGUCGAAAAGAACUCAAUCUUACCGACAAUCCCUGGUGCUCAAGGAAAAAUGCUACCACUGUAUGCCGCUGCCUUGUUUGGAAAUUAUGACGUUGUUAAGUACCUUUAUGAAGAAUCAAAGGAGUUGAGCGAUGAUUGCUGGAAUCCUCAGAAUCGUGGUUGGCUUCUUGAAAAAUGUGUCGAGAAUGACAUGUUCGACGUGGCACUAAGUAUCAUAAAAAAGUAUCGAGAACUUGGUCGUGGGAGUGCACUUAGAGUUUUGGCUCGAAAGCCUGAGGCAUUUCGUGAAACAAAAUCUACCAUCAAGUCAGCCUUCGGCUUCAUUGGUUUAAAGGUAGGAGUUCCUGAAAAGGAGAGUAGUGCAAUGACAUUGCUAAGAUUCAUUUGGGAAGAUAUUGCAAAAAAGCCUAAGAAAGAAAUUGAUGAAAUACUCAGAGGACCACCUGAUUCAAUUGAGCGAGACAAUAAAACAGUUUCUGGAUUGGCCAUUCAAGCUAUGCAACUUCGAAAACUCAUUUAUGAGCAUCUUUCCAAAAUGGAAGAAGAAUCCAAGAACAUACUCACAAGAUCUUCAGAUUCGACUAACCAAAGCACCAAGCGAGCUUCUGUAGAGGAAGAACAAGCUGUGCAGCUACAAAAUCUUAUUUUUGAACGUCUUAUGAAAAUGCAUGCUGAAACCCAGAAGAUAACCAUAGGGCCCCUUAAUUCAAUCAAGCAAGAAUACAUGCCAGUUUCUAGUAAGGGAGAUAUGGCUCUGAAACUACAAAAUCUCAUUUUUGAACACAUUGCAAGCAUGAAUGACAAAACUCAGAAUAUUAUCGAGACAACUAAAUUGGAAGGUCAAGCUCUAAGACUUAAACAAGUCAUUUUUGAACAAAUUAAGAAAAUGGAUACAGAAACGCAGAAAAUAAUUAGAGAGCCACGGCCUGCAAAGCAAACAUACUCUUCUCGGGUACUUUUUAUUGCUGCAGAAAUGGGCAAUACUAGUUUUUUAGUUGAGCUCAUCCGCCAAUACCCUGAUCUGAUAUGGAAAGUAAAUGAUGACAAGCAAUCUAUAUUUCACAUUGCUGUCAAACAUCGUCACGAGGGUAUCUACAACCUAUUGUAUGAGAUAGGUGCAAUGAAGGAUCUUAUAACUCCUCUCAAAGAUCCGAACGAUAACAAUAUGUUGCACUUAGUUGGAAAGAUUGCCAAGCAAAAGCGACUUAAUGAUGUGUCAGGAGUUGCUUUACAGAUGCAAAGAGAGUUAUUAUGGUUCCAGGAAGUAAGAGAAAUGAUCCCUCCUUCAUAUAGAGAACGGGUUAACAAGGAUGGUUUAACACCGCAUGAGUUAUUCACCAUGGAACACAAAGAAUUGGUUUCACAAGGUGAGAAAUGGAUGAAAGGAACUGCUAGUCAAUGUAUGGUUGUUGCAGCGCUUAUUGCAACCAUAGUAUUUGCUGCAGCUUUUACGGUUCCUGGUGGAUAUGAUCAAAAUAAUGGUGUCCCUUUAUUCCAUUCAAAAGCUACCUUUAUGGUAUUUGUGGUUGCGGAUGCCAUUUCUCUAUUUGCAUCUUCUGCUUCAAUACUUAUAUUUUUAUCUAUCCUCACAUCUCGCUAUGCUGAAAGUGAUUUCUUGGACUCGUUACCAAAAAAGUUGAUUUCAGGUCUAUUAACUCUUUUCCUAUCAAUCAUAACCAUGACGGUCGCUUUUGGUGUGAGUUUUUUCAUACUUUACAAUAAGGGUCUGUUAUGGAUACCGGUCCUUAUUUGCGUUUUUGCCGUGUUCCCUGUCCUUUUAUAUUUAUGGCUUCAAUAUGGCUUGUUCUUCGAUGUAAUUCGGUCAACGUAUAUUUCUAGGUACAUCUUUAAGCCCAAGAAACAAGUUCUUUACUAUAAAAACCCCAAUGUCUAAACACAAUCAUUUAUUGAAUGUAACGAGUCUGUUUGAAGUCAUGCUUUGUAAAAUUGGUUGCAAAUUACAGAUUAUGUAUUUUCUAAA